AUGAGAUAUGCAUAAAAUAGUUCAAGUGAAUUCGUUUUAGGGAUAGCAUUUUUGGUGUUGGGCAUGAUUUACACAACGAUAUUCUUUUUUGGUGUAAUCAGAUAUUGUAAAAUGGGGAAGAGAACAAAAUACUUGGGAAAGCAAUUUUACUUAUCUAUUGUAUUGUCUUGUUUGGCAUAUAUGUUGAAUAUGGCUUUGUACUUAUAUGAUGUUUUUAAAUCUCAACCUACUGAUGAGUAUAUUGUGAGUAUUGAAAAAUAGCUGUUAAAUACAAUAUAUGUUCCUGAUGGCUUAUUUUGGAUAGUUUAUCAAUCAUUGUUUUGGACAGUGGUUUGUUUGCAUUAUGACUCACAUCUGCAUAUAGGAUAAUAGGAUGAACUUCCAUAUAAUCCAAAUAUGUUGAUUAAUGCUACAAAAGACAUUUGUUUAGUAUAUGGAAUAGCUCAAUUAAUUGUUGUGUUAUUAUAUAACUUUGAUUAAAUUAAAAGUGGAGUAUUAUUUUACAUCAACAUCUGCAUCAAUCUAUCGAUUCCUGUCUAAUUGAUAAUAACAUCUCUAUACCUAUAAUAUAAAUAUUCAGGAUCCCCAUUCAAAUCGUCAAAAUAAGAAAAUAAUUCAAAUAGAUUGUAAAAGUUAAUAUUUUAUUGGACAAUCCUAAGAGUUUUUCAAAUCAUUAGCAAUAUUUUAUUAAUGGAAAAUCAGGAAAGUAUAGAGAAGUUCUUUUCAUCCCAAUUAAGUCAAAACCAACUGUUGUUGUAUAUUUCAAUACUCAUAAUUGAUCUAUUAUUGACUAACAUAUUUCCAUUUAUCUUGGCCCUUAGACAGUAAAGUUUUUCGAUAUUUUUGGGUCACAAAAAUACUACAAUGAGUACUGUUUCAGAUCAGCCAAUUCAUUAACAAUUGAUAAAUGAUAAUAAGAGCUCAGUAAUGGAGAGGAAAUAGAUUUAAUUUGAUUACAAUGAAAUAAUGAGAUAGAAUAUGAAUUAAUAAGCAAAACGAUAAAAACCAAAUGGAUUCGGAUACAUUAUUGUCUGUCAAAUAUAAUAAAAAAGUUAUGGAAUGAGAGUGAUUGAAUUCAAAUAACUGUAACCUUAUUUGAUUGAAUAGAUAAAGUAGGAAAUUGAAUAAGUGAAUUAAUUAAAUCAUUAACAACUUUAUCACAUUCGUGGAUUCAAAAUAGUAGAAAGUAAGGUAGUAUAUCUAACCAAAUUUUAUUAAUAUUCCUUACACAGUUAUCUAGCAUAGUAUUAGAUUUCGAUAGAAGAAAAGAUUAAGAUCUUAAUUUAACUGUUAAAUGGACUCAAUUAUCUGCACAAAUAAGGUCUUUGUCAUGGGAGUUUGACAUCGGAAAAUGUAAUGGUUAAACCAAAUGGUCAUGUCAAAAUAAUUGAUUUCGGUCUAUUUGGGAUUAAGAAAUACUAAUCAUUAUUGUAGUUUUACACAAACAAAUCUGCAUUUACAGCUCCAGAAUUGAUUUAACAAAGAGGGUUGGUUGUGAGUGGAUCAUAAUAAGGAGACAUAUACAGUGUUGGAAUGAUUAUGUAUGAGAUGUUUGAAAAGAAAGUGCCUUUUGAAGGAUUAUAACUAUAAAAUAUUUAGGAUUGUCUUAACAAAGCAGUAAGGCCUAAGAUUGAGUCUCAAUCUUUGAUGGAUGAUAUCAUUAGAUGGUGUUGGCAACAGGAUAUAGAGAAGAGACCAUUGGUUGAUUAUGGUACAAUAGUUGUGGGGUCAAAUAUUUACGAGACUGAAUUCUUGGACGAAAUUUUUAUCUAUUAUGGCAACAAGACCAACAACACCAUUGGCUUUAAGGAUGGGUUGAUAAUUAGUCCAAAAAAAAUGGAAUUGCCAGAAUAUAAAAUGAAUAGAUCUGAACGAGGAGAAAUCAUCAUGGCAAUAAUUAAGGAAGCCAUGAAUCUGAUGGAAUACUCAAAGUUAUCAGAUAUGGGCAUUAUUAACAUGUUUGAAUUACAAUACAUAAAUCAAUUGAAAUCAUAUCCAUCACUAAGAUUUUAAUUGAUGGAUAGAGAGCAGCCAUCAGUGUUAAUGGAUGUUCGUAAAUCCUAUUUUACUAUGCAUAAUUGUUACUAAAUAAUUAAGACUUUAAAUACAGAUCCCUCCACAUAUUUUAAGAAUAAAUUUGUGCUUUUGAGGUACCCUGAAAAAAAAAUGAUUGUUCAAAUUAAAUCAGUUGUGCUUGAUUAAGAGUUCACAUAUAAGGGUUUAUCUUUGGAAGACUACUUUAAAUAAAAAUAUUAAUUGAGGAGCAAAUCAAGUGUUUAUUUAGAAACAUACAACACUCAGAAUAUUAAGAAAUAAUUCUUAAUUGCAGAAUUUUGUGAAUUGAAAAUAGAUUAUAUUGAAUAAGAUGUCACUGUGUAUUGUCAACAGCUGGAAUAUUGGAAUAAAAUUAUUAAUAAUAGUUCAUCAUUUAUUUAAUUCUUAAAUUAGUAUAAAUUCAUAAUCAGAAAUGAGUAAGUUGAAUUCAAGUAAUAAUACUUAGAACCUGGAAAUUUAGCAUUAAAUAAUCAAACUAAAUCAAUAUUUUAGAUUGUGGCCUCCAGAACAUCAAGUGAAUUUGAGUACUACUACACUGAUUUCUUUCUUAAAAAUCCCACUUCUUUUACAACCUCACUGACCAUCAAUAAAUUGAUGAUUUUAGUAACUAGAGAAAUCAUUGAACUUAGAGACAACUUUAAAUCAUUUUUAGAAAAAUUUGAUUUAUUCAUCAAAUCCAGAUAAUACAAAAUAUCAUAACCAUAAAUUUAUGAUAUAAAUAAUAAUUUGAAUGAAAUCCUAGAAAAAUAUGUCACUGAAGAUGCAUAUGUACUUUUUGUUGGAGAUCAAAAUACAGAUUUUAUCUAAGCAAGAAAUACUUUGUUAUCCAAGGCCAUUCCUAAUUAAAUAAUUAUUCUUCCCAUAUAAGAUUAAGAAAUAAAUAGAUUAUUAGCCAUGAUGACUGCCAAUCUUGGUAGUGUGCCUUGGGCUAUUAGAGAAAUUAAUGGAUUAAUUACUAAUAAAAAGAGCGCUGUCUUAGGUAUCUGGAAAAGCGAGAAUUCUUAUUCUGCAUGUCUCAGCAUCAAUAAAUAUCUCAACAAGUAUAUAUCCUCGUUUGGAGAUUUAGAUUAAGUUCUAACCCUUCUUUUAGCCACUUAUUAUGCCACCCAUAAAAUAUUGGCUAAUUAAAUCAUUGUGUUUGCUUAAGAUGAUUAUACACAGAUUAUGGAACAAAGAAUUCUAGGAGUCAUUUAAUUGAUAAGAGAUCAAGGAUUGGCAUAGCAAAUCUUAAAACCUGAAGUUGUUAUGGUUUAAGUAAAGGAUGCCACGGCAGAAAGAUACUUCACAUAUUUUGAAAGAAAUUUUGAAUCUUACUAUUGUAAAAACCCUUAAGUAGGUUGUAUAAUCCCCAUCAAUGAGAAGUAAGGGAGAUUUUCAUUCCAUUCUUAGAGAGGAGAACAAGGAUGUUUAUAAGCCUAAUAAUUACAUAUUAGUUCAACCAACACAAAAGAAAUCGCUUAAUUAUACUAUCAUCUGAUUUUCUUAAAUUUCGAUUUGAGUUCCACCACUUAUUUACCUGCACCACUUCAUUAUGCCAAAAAAUUGUCAAAACACCAAAUUUAGAGUGAACAAUACAAAAAAGCAAUAGAAAAAGGAUUUUUGUUAUUUGUUUGA